AUGGCCACGUCUGAGCUAGGUCCCACUACCAAUUGCUUUAGCACCACUCAACUAUCACCACUUUAUCAUUAUGGACCAGUGACAUUCAUCAAAAUACACAACCGAUACAUAUUUGUUGGGUAUGGUCCUAUCUUGCACAUUUACCAAGUUGAUUCAUCAGCAUCAUCAAGACGACACAACAACAGCAACAACAAAAGCAAUGUGCAUUUGAUUUUCAAACGACAAGUGUUCAAGAGAAACAAGAUCCAUCACGUAUCGAUCAAUUCCGCUGCUCGCAAAAUUAUCAUAAGUGGUGGUCGAUCAUUUACUGUGUUACCACUUGAUACAGUGCUAGCAGACGCACAUGGCGGCCAAUCUGAGUGUAACUUUACAGAAAUGGCUAUCAAUGAAUGGAUCAUCACUUCAGAAAUAUUAGACGAUGGAACUGUGCUUUUGCUCAACUCAUACAAUGUAGUUUACAAGAUAACCCCAUUGAGCAGUGACACUAAUCAGCGUCAACAUUAUUCAGUGGAGAAAAUUUCGUGUGGUGAGAAAUCAAUCUUGUAUAGUGGAUCAAUUAAUGUGGUGGCUAGCUCAGGCGAGAUUUAUAUUGCAGCGGGGACAGUAAUGAAUGGAGUCAUUGUUUGGGACUUGACAACAAGGUUGAUUUUGUAUGGCUUGAAUGAUCAUGAAGGAUCGAUAUUUGGAGUUAAAAUGGACCUGUGGGGGAAAUAUCUUAUUUCGUGCUCUGAUGAUCGGAGCAUAAAGUUGUACGAUUUACAACGAGGAGGAAAAGGAGGAGGAGGAGGAGAAGUGGUUGCUACCGGGUGGGGACAUGGCUCGAGAAUAUGGAACUUGGAGUUUGCAAAUGCAUCACCUAGUGAAGGCAAUGGUGGGUUGCAGAUUAUGAGUAUUGGCGAAGAUUGUACAUUGCGUAUUUGGAAGUACAAUAACGAAUCUGAUGUAUUACAACCUGUCAAAGUGAUUGAGAAUUGUCAUCGUGGUAAACAUGUUUGGUCAGGAGAUAUCGAUCUGCUGGACUUGCAGCUUUGCUGCACUGGGGGUGCUGAUGGAAGAGUAAGAUUACAUGAUUUACAACGGGAAAAUCAAGUUACAAUCAAAUUGACAUUACAUGAUUUUGCAAAACAACUACUAAAUAUGGAAUCUGGUGUAUCAUUUAACCCCAAGGAUUGCAUUCGAGAUUAUUUCGAAUUGAUCAAUUUGAACAAGUUGGUGUGUUUGACUUCAAAUGGAUAUGUUAUUGAGUACGAUUAUGAGUCAAAGUGCUGUACUGUGGUUUAUCAAAAUGACAAACUCGCGGGAUUUGGAAUUGUUGACGGGUUUAAUGAUUUAAAUUUGGUGGUGGUUGCUGAUCGCAGUGGUAAAUUGACAAAUAUCCAAUAUGGUAAAGAGAACAACAACCCCAAUGUUUCUCAGAUUGAGUCUCAUGAUGAGACAAUGAAAAUAACCAAUUUGUUAACUAGCUCAACAAACGGACGGUAUUUUGUAUUGAUUGAGUCACCAAAUGUCAAGAUUCCAUUGAUAUUGCAUGAGGUUAACGUUGCAGUCAAUGGAUGUGAUGAUAGUGUUGACAUUGCGCAGACAUGGAAUAUCCCUAAACCACAAUCAAAUUUCCCCAUAACGGCAAUGACAAUUGAUACAUUCAACAACUGGAUUAUUUUCGCUUCGAAAAGAAUGUCAUUGUACUUUGUUGACCUCAACAACUUUUGUCAUCAUUUAACGUUGCACAAAAUCGCUUCUGGUGAUACCGUUAGUUCAGUGUCGGUGUUGAAUGCAAAACAGGGCAGUUUACAGUUAUUGGUGUUGGCGAGAGAUGGAGUGUACUUGAUCAUCAAGAUUACUACUCAGCCCACCAAUGGACAUUUCCAAUUUGAAAUUAUGCAUGACAAUAAACUAACACGGGGUUUCAUCGAAGGUGGGUUUUUCCACAAACUGGAUUUGAUCCUCUAUGGAUUCAAAUCAUCUUUUUUUUACAUUUGGAAUGAAACAAGACAAAUUGAAAUCAUGAAUGAGUAUUGUGGUGGUAAUGGACACCGACAUUUUAAAUUUUAUCGCAAAAAUUUAUCCAAUUUUAGUUUUAUUUAUCUGUUUAAAAAUGACAUCUACGUGUGUCAUUACGAAGGCUGGUUUAUUAAAGAUGACAACAACGACUGUGUUGAUAUUGAUGAUGAUGAUGAUUUUGAUUUCGGCUUGGUGCAUGGUGGAACCCACGGACGUGAAAUUAGAGCAAUUGCAAUUCAAAAAAAUGGACAAUUGCUACCUGAUGGAUCGAGGUUGAUCAUCACUUCAGCUGAGGAUUCAACCAUUGGGUUAUCGAAGCUAUUACCCAGUGGUAAAAUCCACAAUUAUUGGAAUAUGACAAAUCACAUUUCCGGUAUGCAAGCUGUUGGGUUCCUUGAUUGUGAUUAUGCUUUUAGUUGUGCUGCAAAUGAAGAGUUUAUCGUUUGGAAAUUGGACUGGUUAACACUUGCCUCCAGCACCAGCACUAGCACUAGCACCAGCACCAGCACCAGCACCACUAUUACUGCAUCCCCACCUAUCCCCACUUUGCGUGAACAAGCGAGAUUGAAAUCGAAUCAGGAUGUACCUGAUUUACGUGUUAUGGAUUUUGAUGCUGUCGGUUACAAUGAUUACAUAUUUAUUGUUACAGUUUUCUCCAAUUCAAUGAUUAAAUUAUGGAGAUUUGAAAAAGAACCAUUAACCGUGGGGCUCAAUCUUAUUCAUGAAUGGAAUUACUCAACUUGUUGUAUUUUACAUUGUCAAUUAUUUCAAAUGAGCGCGGCUCAUGGAAAUGAGAAGCGACAAUUUUUGUUGAUUGCAACCACUGAUGGGAAUAUUACCGUUUACGAUAUAUCUACCCCCACAUCACCAGUGGCGCUCUGUCUGUCAAAACUUCAUCAAAGCGGAAUCAAAGCAAUCUGUUUGAUUCAUAAGGAUGGUGCAGUUUAUCUUCUUACAGGGGGCGAUGAUAAUGCUCUUGUUGUUUCUCGCAUUACCAUCCUUGAAGAUGACAACAACCUUUCACAAUUGAUUUUACAAACCAUUAGUCGGGAGCCUAAUGCUGCUUCAGCCACUAUAACUUCUAUUUCACAUGUCAGUGAUGACGAUUUGGUUGUUGUUGUUGUAUCAGUUGACCAGAUGAUUAGAUUGUGGUCGUUUACCAAUGAUGAGUUGCAUUGUUUAGCUGCUCGGUACACCACUGUUGCUGAUACUGGGUGCUGUGAUGUGACUACGCUCGGUGACGAUAAACACAUGAUUGUUGUGGGUGGUGCCGGGUUGAGCACAUGGGAGAUAACCAUGCCUGAGAGAAAUUGA